AUGUUAUUACUUCAACCGCAAUUAUUUACCAUACACGGUUCAUUAGAGAGCGAAAAUGAAGUCAAAGACUUGAACGGCGAAAAUCUUCGAAUUUUAAGACAUGGAAAAAGAUCAAAUGUAUUUAUUGCAUUUGCUGACGACCGUAUACAUGCCGAUUAUAUAAUUAAAAAUUUUUCAACCUAUGAAUUAUUCCUAAGAGAACUAGAAGUAUUAAAAAAAUUCGAGGAUUCUAAGCAUAUAGUGAAAUUCCUAAAUUAUUAUCCCGAAAGCUAUAAUAUCAUAUAUGAAUGUGCUUUUUAUAGCCUAGAAAAUUAUAUUGGUCACCAUAUUCGACUAGAACGAGACCUAAAAAGUACCAUAAUAACGGAUAUAGCCUCGGGUCUUUUGGAGUUGCAGUCAAAAGAAAUUGUUCACCUAAAGCUAUCUCCCGGAAACAUUAUGUUCUUCUCCAAAUAUUCCAAGGGGUGUUGGAAACUAAUUGAUUUCGGCAAUGCUUGCACCGUUUACGAUGUCGUUAAAAUUGUUCCUACAAAUUAUUCGAGUCCCGAAGUUCUUCGAGCACAUGAUGAAAAUAUAUCAAUUAAAGCCCAUUUUGCCAUGGAUAUGUUUUCAUUUGGCAUGAUAUUGAUGUUUAUAGAGACUGGAGUACACUACUGGGAUGGAAAAGAUCAGGAUAUUCGACAAACCAUAACAUCUUCUACGGAAAUUCAAAAUUCUAAACUUAACACAACAAUAAAAAGAUUAAUAGACAAAAAUAUAUCGUCACGCAUGAUAUUAGCACAAUUCAUGAAGGAUUUCGGAUCCAUUCGCCCUAAAAGUUGUGAUAUACCCGGGCGCAUUAAUUUUGAUCGAGAUAACUCAUUAUUUUUAGAUUUUAAUUUCGUAGAAGAACCAUACGACAUGCGAGAUGAAAAUAUGGAUAAACUCAUCAACAAUCAAGUUAAAAUUUUGGAUGGAAUUAACCGUUGUGUAAACGCCGUGCAAGAUUUGUCUAGGAAAAUUCCACAAUGGUUGGUUAAAUUGAAAAAUGAACCGAUUCCCAGAAUAUUCGUGAUCAUUCCUGAAAGGACGGACUGGAAAAAUCCUCAGACAUGGUGUGCGCAAACGUUUAAGUUAUAUUUUGUUUGCGAGCAUGAAGACCAUUGGCACGUGCCAAAACAAGAACCAUACAAGCUGGUCAAGGUUCCUGGUUUCAUCAAAAAAUAUGGUUUUAUGACUCUCUUCCCGCCAGAUUUGGUAAAUCUGUUCACGGACGUCUUUGGUAUAAAGAAUGGGUGUGAUCUCUUACAUUAUUUCAAUGACGUCGUGGACACUAUAGAACGUAAUGUCUUCGAAUUGCCUGAUUCUGAACCAGAGUUCAUGCCAUUGGACACGAUUGACGGGUCUUUAUCGGUGAUAAACGGAUCAGGUCUUCAUGCCCUAAAAAAGUACAUUGAUAUUCAAAAUAAUCCUGAUCAUUACGGCAACCUGGUUCGAUGCGUCCACAAAGAUGAUGAGGUUUUAUGGAUAUGCGAAAAACAUCGUGACAAAUAUACUACGAAAUCCCUACCGCCAACGCUAUCAUUACCAUUGUCUCCACCCUUAGAUUCGUCCUUAUCCUCACCUUCAUCUCUACCCUCACCUUCAUCUCUAUCCUCACCUCUACCCCCUCCUUCAUCUCUACUCCCACCUUCACCUCUACCCUCACCUCCGCCUCUAACUUCACCUCCAUCUCCUUAUUCUAAAAUUGAAAGUAUGGUUGAAAUACCUACGAUGGAUCAAAUAUAUAAAGUAUAUAGGGUUCUCAGUAAUUUUAUUGAGGGCGUAGAAGAAUCUGAGCGAAAACAUUUCAAAAUUAAGGAAAUAAAAAAUAUUGGGCAGAAAAUGAGAGAAUCCAUGGAUGCAUUAGGCAAAUUGUACCCAAAGUGGGACAAUAUUGAUCAGAAAAAAAUGUUAAUUGACAUCGCCGAGAGUCACGCCGCGAUAUACAUUCGCCUAUUAAGGCUAGUUGUUCGUUAUCGUUUUGUGGUGGAUAUGAAUACGCAAGAUGCUCUUAAAAAUAUCAAGGCACGGGCGUUACAAGCACAAUACCUUGCCGAAGAUUAUAGGGACAUCAACAGAAAUUAUUGGGCUGCUAAAGAUUUCAACGGACAUCUUGGAAAAUUAGUUAAUUGUAUGAGAAAAGUGUCAGACGAGAGAAAUUGUUCCAGUAUGGUCAAACAAGUAUUGGAGGAAUUUGAAAAAUCAAAAAAACUAUAUGACAAACUCUGUUGUCGGGAAGAUCAUGAAAUGAAUCGUUGGUAUAAAAGUAAACUAAUUAGAACCAUUGAUCUGGAAUCUAUUGAUCAGGAGUAUCGUUUACAGAGUGAUUUGGUUAAUCUUUUUAGAAUCACCAAAUACUUCUUAAAUCAUGAGGAUGUGGUUGGAUACACUUUAAGAGACUGUAAUAGUGUUCGCAAUCUGGAAUGCAUGGAAAAGGCAAUUCACCUUUACGACCGUUUCGAACUUAACAGAUGCGAGAACAUUGUUGCGUUCCGUGGGUGUUCUUUUCUCCAAUGUAAACCAAUCCUAAUAUUUGAAUGGCCGAACAAAGGUGACCUCUUUAAUUAUUUAAAACAAAAUAACAACUCGACGCUUUUCGAUUGGAAAAGAAAGAUGAAAAUGGUAUGGGAAAUUACCAGCGCCGUGAAAUUUCUACAUGAAAAUGAUAUAUUACACCUAGAUUUGAGAAGUAGCAAUGUCUUUCUAUUUCAAGAAGAAACCGAGUUAGUGGCAAAAGUCGGUAAUUUCUUGUGGAGUAAGUCGUUGAUUGAAUCUCAGACUUCUGUAAUGCCGAAGCCCUUGGGCGCUGAAAAUAGUGACUGGAAAAGAUGGCACGAUCCACAAAGACUUAUAGAAGGUAAAAAGCAUAUUUGCAAGAUGCCAUGUGAUAUAUACGGCCUGGGUCUUCUUCUUUGGGAAAUUGCACAAGGAACAGGGGUGGUACCGUACAAGGAUGUAAAAAUCACGGAUCUCUCUAAACAUUUAAGGAAUGAAAGUUUCGAAAACGUUACAGAAUAUCCCAAAGAUCCAGAAUGGAGUAAAACUGUUAAAAGUAUGUGUGCAUUUAAUCCUUCGGACCGACCACAAAUAGAGUUAGUAUAUAAGAUAAUAGAUCGACUCUACAAUGAAGAUGCAGAAUAG